CCCCCAUCUCCUGGGGCCUCCCUCCCCCUCCUCGGAGGCCUGGUUAAUUAUAACUCUGACCUAAGUGCCCUGUGACUACACCCAGGCUAGUCCUGCCCAGGAGACCCAGCAACCAGGUCCAUGUCUCAGCCAUGCUUUCUGCAGAGGCGCCCCUGUCCCACCAGGGCCCCUCAGUGCUGCUUUUGCUACAGCUGCUUCUGCCCCCUACUUCUGCCUUCUUUCCCAACAUCUGGAGCCUCCUGGCUGCCCCCGGCUCCGUCACCCAUCAGGACCUGACAGAGGAAGCUGCACUCAACGUCACCCUGCAGCUCUUCCUGGAGCAGCCACCACCAGACCGGCCCCCACUUCGUCUAGAGGACUACCUGGGCCGAACCCUUCUUGCUGACGACCUCUUUGCUGCUUACUUUGGACCUGCGUCUCCUUCCCGGCGGUUCCGAGCAGCGUUAGGCGAGGUGUCCCGUGCCAAUGCAGCCCAGGACUUCCUGCCAACUUCCAGGAAUGACCCUGACCUUCACUUUGAUGCUGAGCGUCUAAGUCAGGGACGCACCCGCUUGAUGGGGGCUUUGCAGGAGACAUUGGUGGCGGCUAGAGCCCUUGACCACACAUUGGCCCGCCAACGCCUUGGGGCUGCACUUCAUGCCUUGCAGGAUUUCUACAGUCACAGCAACUGGGUAGAACUGGGGGAGCAGCAGCCAUACCCUCACCUCCUCUGGCCACGGCAAGAGCUCUGGAGCCUGGCACAAGUGGGCAAUCCUACCUGCACCGAUUGUGAGGAGCUCAGCUGCCCUGGGAAUUUGUUGGGCUUCACACUCCUCACCUCUGGCUACUUUGGAACUCAUCCCCCGAAACCUCCAGGGAAAUGUAGCCAUGGGGGCCAUUUUGACCAGAGCAGCUCCCAGCCACCCCGGGGAGGCAUCAACAAGGACAGCACAUCCCCAGGAUUCUCCCCCCACCACAUGCUGCACCUCCAGGCUGCAAAACUGGCCCUUCUGGCCUCUAUCCAGGCCUUCACACUCCUGAGAAACCGCCUGGGAGAUAGUGGUUUCUCCAGGCUACUGGACAUUACCCCAGCCUCUAGCCUGAGUUUUGUCCUGGAUACCACUGGCAGCAUGGGUGAGGAGAUCAAUGCUGCCAAAAUCCAAGCUCGCCACAUCGUGGAACAGCGGCAGGGCGGUCCCAUGGAGCCUGUCCACUACAUCCUGGUGCCUUUCCAUGACCCAGGGUUCGGCCCUGUGUUUACAACCAGUGAUCCUGACAGCUUCUGGCAGCAACUCAAUGAAAUCCACGCCUUGGGGGGUGGAGAUGAGCCUGAGAUGUGCCUCUCUGCCCUGGAGCUAGCCCUGCUGCACACACCUCCACUUUCAGACAUCUUUGUCUUCACUGAUGCCUCCCCCAAGGAUGCCUUUCUCACCAACCGAGUAGAAUCCCUGAGUCAGGAGCGGCGGUGCAGGGUGACGUUCCUGGUGACUGAAGAUCCAUCGAGGGUUCAGGGUAGAGCUCGGCGCGAGAUCCUAUCUCCUGUGCGUUUUGAACCAUAUGAAGCAGUGGCCCUGGCCUCAGGAGGAGAGGUGAUCUUCACCAAAGACCAGCACAUUCGGGAUGUGGCAGCAAUUGUUGGGGAGAGCAUGGCUGCUCUGGUGACUCUUCCCCUGGAACCUCCUGUCAUAGUGCCUGGCAAGCCACUUGUGUUCAGUGUUGAUGGACUACUUCAGAAGGUCACAGUCCGGAUGCAUGGGGAGAUCAGCAGCUUCUGGAUCAAGAACCCUGCUGGAGUAUUCCAGAGCCAAGAAGAAGGUGUGGGUCCUCUGGGGCAUACUCGCUGCUUUGGGCAGUUCUGGAUGGUGACCCUGACUGACCCCCCACAGAGAGGGACUUGGGAGAUCCAAGUCACAGCUAAGGGCACCCCUCGGGUGAGAGUGCAAGCCCAGACCUCCCUGGACUUCCUCUUCCACUUUGGUAUCCCCAUGGAGGAUGGGCCCCACCCUGGCCUUUACCCUCUGACUCAGCCUGUUGCAGGUCUCCAGACUCAGCUGCUGGUAGAAGUGACAGGGCUGGGUUCCCGAGGUAACCCUGGGGAUUCUCCCCCACAAUUCUCUCAUGUCAUCCUCAGAAGGGUUCCAGAGGGUGCUAAGCUGGGUCAGGUGCCCUUGGAGCCCUUAGGACCCCCAGAGCGAGGUCUCCUCACAGCUUCACUGCCACCCACAUUGCUAUCCACCCCCGGACCUCUCUCCCUGGAGCUCAUUGGCCAGGAUGGAGGGGGUCAGGGCCUGCACAGAAUUGCCCCCCAGCCUUGCACUGUGGCCCCUGUGCUUCUGGAGUUCAGUGGUCCCCCAGGUUUCUUGACCCCCGGCAGCAAGGCCCCUCUCAGCCUCCGCAUCGCCAGCUUCUCAGUACCUCAGGAUCUAGAUAUUAGGAUAUCUGUCAACCCCAGCUUCACCCUCACCUCCAACCUCUCUAGGGUUCGAGUGGGGCUGAAUGAAUCCGCCUGGGGACGCUUGUGGCUGGAAGUUCCAGACUCAGCAACCCCGGACUCUGUAGUGAUGGUGACUGUGACUGCCUUGGGUCAAGAAGUCAGCCUAAUGCCACCGACCCAUGCCUUCCUGCGGCUUCUGGUGCUGGCUCCGGCCCCAGGCCCGCAGGACCAGCUCUCUGCCCCUGCCUACUCAUCUGGGCCUGUCGUCACCACCGCCACUCCUGUCUUUCAUCCUUCCACUUUGGUGACUCAAGGCAGGGCUGGAGGGAAGGCAGGCAGUCCCUGGUGGGGCACAGUUGGAGGUGUACUCCUGCUAAGCCUUGCCUCCUGCUGACAAAACAUCACCUAGAGGGAUGAGUCUCCACCUUUUCAAUCUACCCCACUGGUGAGACCAUGAGAUAGGCCUCAGGACUUUAUUUCUCCCAGCUGGGAUGGAGGUUUUCCUUCUCUGGACUUUGUUCCUUCUCUUUCUUUUGCACUGCUGGGGAUUAAAUUCAGGGUCUCAGGCAUACUAGGUAACACUGUGCCCCAGCCCUUUGUAUUUUUUAUUUUAACGGGGUCUUGCUAAGUUGCCCAGGCUGGCCUUGUGAUCCUACUACCUCAGCCUCCUGAGUAGCUGGGAUUACAGGCACAGGUUACUACAUUAGGCCUUUUCUUUCUUUAAAAAUCAUGAGCUUGGUGUUCUCAGUGGAUACAGCAUUUGCCUAGCAUGGUCAAGGCCCUGGGUUCCAUACCUAGACUCGAAAAACAAAAAAACAGCAAGAUUGGGAUAGAAGGCAAUGGAUUUUCUGGCAAUGCACUUUCUCUAACCCUUAUGGAAACCAAACCAAACAUAUUUUUUUGAGAAAGUUACUCUUUCUCUGUAGUGUGUUUAGUCAUGCUCUCCCAGGCCCAGGUAGAGGGGAAGAUACAUGGGGAAGAGACUAGUUUUGGAAGGAGGUAGGUACCAGGAAGUGUUAUUUAUACAGUUGUUUUUAUUUUAAACUCUGGAGCAGCUUCUAUUUUAUUUUUCUAUUCAAAGCUAAAGGAUGGUUUCAAUGAACAUGUCUUCGCCCCUGAGGAAUUUCAAAGAAAGAUCAUUUUUGCAUAUCAUAUAGGGAGAGUGAGGGCAUGAGACAUCAAGAAGAGGAAACAGAAGUUUUUAGGAGCAGAGGAUAAAUAUGUACCAAGAUGUGUGAACACUGUUGACCCAAGAACUGGAGCCAUUGGGCUAUCAGGUGAAGACAGAAUAAGGAGAGGAAGUUCUGACUCAAACCUCCUCCUUCACUAGACUGAGGAAGAUUUACACACGGGUAGGGCCUCUCUGACCCUGGGGACAGCCCAGUUGAGCCAUCUCCUGGGGCUGGAUGAUUCCUAUUUGCUGCCUUGAUAACUCCUGGAGAAGAAGAGAAAAAUAGACUAAGCAUCUAUAUGCUCCCCACCCCAUGGGGCCAGGGCUUCUGUCCCCCACCCCCAGUACCUGUUGCUGCCACAAGUUCUGCUUCCAGGACCUUUCCUUCCAGUUCUGGGUGGUGCAGGAACUGGCCUUGUUCAAUGGAUGUGGGGAGAACUGGUGGUGAGAUUCACUGUGAAUUCUGUUAAAUGAGGUACUGACCCCGACAAUAUCCUUCUCUCCUCCAAUUUCCCAAAAGUUUAAACUAAAAACAAUAAACUUACCUUUCCUUGAAUCAGAUUCUGCAAACAGAUAUUCACCUUUUGAAUUUGGGCUAACUGGGGGCCGCCAGGCUCCAAGUGUAAAUCUGUUAGAAAAUUCUAAAGGAGGAAUUGGAGGCUGACAACAUGGUGAAAACUUCAGGUCCAUCUGCCACUCUUCUGUCUUCAUAGGCCAUUCCUUUCCUCAUAUGGAUCCCCUCAUCUCAGUACCCUUUCAGGCAGUGGAAAAAUCCACCUCCAUCCCUGUGAUAGUACAGAUCCCCAUCCCCCUCAAAUAAUACAAUCCCCCCGCCCUUUAUGGAUCCUCCCUAUCCAUCCCUACCCUAUUGGAAUAACCCAGGCCACUCCCUACUCCCCAUGGAGUGAUCCAAAUCAUGUCCCUCUGAAUGGAAUGCAGACCAACCUCCUCCAGCAGAAACAAUGAACAUGGACCUAACACUUGGUGGCAUCCUGUCAUUCCAAUGUUGCCUCUAAUUCAUGAUUCCUACCCAUUAACUCUCCCCUUUCCAGAGUGGUCUCAGGCCAUGUCCACUUACUCCCUGCUCCUUCCUCCCCAUCCCUACCACACAGGGGCAGUCCCUACCUCACCAAGGGCUCCCAAAUGCAGCUGCUGUUGCUGUGCCUCCCUCAGAUGGUAUUCAAACCAGGCACGGCCAUGUUCCAGCAGCUCCAGCCCCUGCCACAGGGCAUCCUGCUCUCUCUCCAGAGCCUGCAUCCUCUGCAGCUAGGUCAGACAAGAAGCAGAGGCUGACUUGUCCCACAGCCAUGGCCCCUUUCCCUCACCCCUGUUUGGGCUCACUGGUUACUGAGUGUGAGUCCACGCUGGCCACUGAGGACCUAGAGGGAAAGGGGAAGUAAGGGAGAAGACCUAUGGGUCCUUGGAGUUGAGUAGAAAUAUAAAGGACGGGGAAGGAAAGAUAGUAGAAUGAGACAGACAGUAUUGCCCCAUGUAUAUGUAUGAUUAAUACAUGAAUGGUGUGAAUCUACAUUGUGUAUAACCAUAGAAUGAAAAGUUGUACCACAUUUGUGUACAAUGAAUCAAAAUACAGUCUGUAAAAAUAAAAAUUAAAAUAAGAAAUUACAGAAAAAAUAUAUAAAGGACAGAUCUAGGGAAAGGGACCUCUUGUUGGGCUAAUACUUACCCAAAGGAAGAAGCUCUGGGCCCCUGGGUCUUCGCGGCUUGUUCCCAGAGGCAGAAGCAGAACUGUGUAGGGAGCCUGUGCCAGGGGCUGCCCACCAGAACCCGGGCUCCCCAUGGCUCUGAGGUGGGGAAGGAUGCAGCCACUCCCUCUGCUGCAGUCUGAGCUGGUCCCUCCCCCUCUGCCCCUGCCUCACACCAGUCCUGGCUUGUCUUUCAACUUCUCUGGCCCCUUCCUGUGGUGUCUGUCUAAGGCUGAGGUGUUCUUAGUUAAGGGGAGAAGUCAUCUCUUGACCCCUCUUUUCAUUUCUUUGUUUUCCUAGGGCCUUUCUUAAGUGGCUUUUUCUCAUGAAGUCUCCUAGGGAAAAAUCUGAGGGUCUUCCUAUAGCAGUGUCACAGUAUUUUUAGUGAGGU